AUGGCACUUCAAAAUGCGGAUUUGUAUGUGAUAUCCGGUCUCUCUUUACACUCGGUUGAUUUGGACGAUAUUCCGGACGCGAUGAGUCCAAUGAUGGGACGAUCGGAUAGUAGUGCCGUGUUAAGUCAUCAAGCAGUUGGAAGGAGGAAAAGUGUUGGAAGCUCAUGCUCUUCGGUCGCCGGUGAAUCCGAUGUGAUGAGUUCUGCGUCAACAGCUGGUGGUCACUCUCAAAAACAUCCGGAUGAUUAUCACCUAGUCGAUGGAGUGAUUGCUGGAAGAGCCGCCGCUCUCGCCUCUCUCAUUAGAAUCAUCACUUCGAAAUCGUCGAAUGAAAAGAUUCCAAACUCUCAACUCGCUAAUUUCUACGCUACAGUAUUCCAGUGUCUUGUGGAGAAGGAACGUGUCAUGUUGUGUACUUUAUUCUAUUACGGAAGGAAUCUAUUUCGAUUGGGACUGCCGGGAAUUGAAAGCCUCCUUCCACAUUUUUUGUUUGCAUUGGAUAUUGUGAUGAUUGAGAGUUCCAAGUUGAGAUUACAUCCAUCGAUUUCGGAAGUUGAGAUUAGAAGAGCUUGUUUGAGAGCACUGUCAUCUGUUAUCUGUUGGCCGACAACUUUUGGAAUGAGCAAGAUUCCUCAAAUCGCCGAAGCAACUGGUCUCAAAUCGAAUGCCACCACGUACCUCCAUCUCCGUUCUCGAAUAUUCAAAACACUCAUGUUCAGUGUUCGAAAUGAGACUGAUCCAACGAAUCUUCAUAUUGCACUGUCUCUCUGUGCAGUGCUUGUCGAGGAGAGUUGUCAAUUCGAUUUGGGAUUAAAUGAGGAACAAACGAAAGAAAUGAUUCGAAUUUCAACGACGGCGUCGAGUUCCGGACAACCUGAGAAAGGAUUGUGUGCAUCGAUUGUGAGGGGAGUUCUAUCGGCGAUUUGUGAUAAAUUCGGGCGGAUUGAAACGAUUGAUCAUUCGACUGCAUUGGCGAUUAUUGAUGUGUUGAAUUGUAUUUCACACGUGCAUCACACUGUUCUUUUUAAUAACAUGGAUGUUUCAACUGGUACACUCGUCAUCGCCUCCCUAUGCAGAUUCAUUGAACAACAACUCAACAAACCGCCUCCGAUGCAUUCAAAAGAUCUUCAUUCGACGGUAGUAGCCGCUUAUAACGCAGUUGCCGUCUGGCUCACUGCCUCCCCGUUGCUCGCCGAAUGUGUUGGAGUACUUGGAACAGUUUGUGAUGUGAUUCAAUUGGGUGUGACUGGAAGUAAAUCUAGUCCGGAUCUCCAAAAGUCACGUGCCGACGCUGUCAAACCGAAAGCCGCCAGUCAGAGAGUUCUAGAAGCAGCUGAAGCAUUGAUGUAUACUCUGUUCUGUGUCGUCGGACGGAAACCAGGACCACUGAGGGAUGAAAAACGAUUGUUGCAUAAAUAUGGAUCGGAUCGAAUCAAUAUUUCAAAGUUUUUGCAUGUUUUGGUCAAUGGAGACACACUUUUGUCGUUACAUGAAGCAUCGCAUAUUGAGGAUAUUCCAUCCGACAGUGCCUCGAUCGUCUACGUCCGCCGGUCUCCGAUGCAAGGAGCGAAUACGGGAGUGGCGAAACUUCGACCCAAACCAGAGAACUAUCAACCGGAUGUCGGAGCACCGCCGAUGACACCAAUGUCAGCGAUAUCGACGACUGAUGGGUUUGAAGCCUCCGAUUCUUCUUCUAAACUCUCUUUGACAUCUGCCACGUCAGCACCUCAUGGCUCUGGAAUUCUACAAGAGAAGCUGUCAAUCGCUUCGAAAGUAACCACUCGCACCGCCCCCGCCUCCCUUGGCAUUCCCGUGACAACUGGUUCAAUUCUAACUGGUGUUGGUUCUAUUCCGUUCAUUGGUUCCUCUUCUUCCGCUUCUCAACCUUUGUUUUAUGAUGAAUCUGAUGAGGAUCGAGCUGCGGCUUACGACUCAGAUAAUAAUGGUCCCAACACUCCUACCCGCCCACAACAACAGAAAUCAAUUGGGGAGCAAUUCGUGAUACCUCCGGAAUUCUACAAGAAUUCUUGUAAACUUGACAACGCGUUUCGAAAUCUCGAGUCGACCGCCGAAACGGAGGCGAUCGCCGAGGAAAUGAAGCAACAAAACUCUCAAAACGGUCGAUCGUUUUUCGAUGAAUCUCGUCGGAAUAAUGUAUUCGAGAGAAUGCGUCCAGACGAGAGAAUAGUUGCUCCAUUGAAACCAGUGGAUAAGUGCUCAUCGAUUCGAAUGAUGUUAUAUGAUUUCGGAUUGAUUAAUGACCGAAUUUAUGGAUCUGAAAUUGUAGUUUUGGAUAGUUCGAUGAGUGACAAAUUCUAUCGUGAUCUCCAUGAAUCAGUCGACUGUGCACCCGCUCGAACCCAACUCACCGCCCAUAUAUUCUACGUGAAAGAGGGACAACGAAAUGCGGUGGACAUUCUCGAAAACGCGUUGAACGUUCAGAAUUCGUGCUCCGAUUUCUGUAUGUUCUUGUCGAAUUUGGGAGAAGGAAUCGAGAUUGGACUGCAUGACACGUGGACUGGACACUGGUCGACGGCGUAUUCGACGGAGAGAAAACUGCAAACAGAAUCAGAAGGCGUCGAUCACUACAUCGUAGACGGAAUCCAACAUGCUCUGUGGUGGUGUGACGAGCAGGGAAGCAAUUCUGAGUUGGCAUUUCUGAUGCCAACGGAGAGAAGUGUUCGAAUGUUUAAACAGAAUAUCACGUCACCUGCUUCGAGUUCUCGACGUGGAUCAAACAACAAUCGAUCGAUAAUAUCAGAUGAUAAAUCAUUCGACAGUUCUUCUAAUCAUAACGAUAUGAUGUUGAAUGCGAGACGGACGGCGGGCGAGAAAAGUCCUUCGAAUCUGAGUGAUCGAGACUUCCGGCCGUAUGCUGGAGGAGGAUCGAGUAUGGGACAUGGAUCAGUUGGGAGACGGACUGGAGCAUUGAGAAUUAUGUUGGUUUGGUUGGAACGGCCGGAGGAUAUGACCAAUUUUCCAGUUUACGAACUAAUCGGCUCGUGUGACGACGGAACCGAUCUUCUGAAUAACGGAGGAAUCACGCCGAAACCAGAAGUGGGCGGAGCAAUCAACACUCAAGUCGCUCAUCACAUCAUCUUCAUUCAUUUAGUCGAACCGGGAAUUGUCCAGAUUCGGACACGUGGCACUGUUAAUAGAUUCGGAGAGGCGGGACCACUUGUCGACGGAGUCGUCGUCUCGUUGGCAAAUCUCCCAUCAUUCAUCAGGAAUACGAUUCUGAACACAUCACGACGAGAUGUGGCGGAAAUUGAAAACUACACAUUCCCACACACUCGUCGGAAACAGGCGAUCGUCGAGUUCGCCAAAAAAUACGCGGGAAAAACGAGUUACGAGGAGUUUUUAGUGAAUGUGAUACAAAAUUAA